AUGGACGGCACCGCCUUGGUGCCUGACGAUGUCCUCGACUCGCCGCCGCCGCCGCCUCCGCCCAGGCUGUUUGACCGUCUCCGCCAGAUACCCGGCUACAGCUGGGAUGAGUCGAGGGACCUGAUCCAUACGAGCUAUGACUUUUGGCUCGUUUUCGGUACUCGGCACGUCUCUCCGGCGGCGCCCUCUCCCAGUGCGUGGCACGACGAGUCCAACCCAGCGUCGGUGGCAAAGCUACAUUCUGGCCGACCAUCGCCAUCCGACCCUGGCAACCAGGGCCUUCCAUCGGAAGCACACGGCGCCGAGAUUCCUCAAACGCCGCCACCCCCGCCGUCGCCAACCUCUUCGGGAGAACCUCCCCUGGCCACAAAGGAAGCCGUUGUGGCUCGAGUGUCGUUUUGCCAUGUCCGAGAGGAGCGAGCCUUUCACAUCGCGAGGAACGUGACCGCGACGGCUGAUCCCCAUGGCGAUUACAUGGCAAAACCCAUUGACCUGAUUCGGUUGAAUGCUCAACCUGGGGAGCGAAAACCCAUGACUGUCUCCAUAUAUCAGCACCUAGGUCCCAACUAUUUGUCGCAGCUCGUGGAUUUUGGCCCGGCCUACUAUUUGGCGCGGAGGGACGGGGACGCCUUUGUCUCAUGUCGCCCGCAGCCCGUCAAUCCAAAGGAAGCCAUGAACCUCGAGUUCUUCCUCGAUUUCGCCAUUGGCGCCGUGCGGUGCCUGGAGAUCCUCCACCACGGCCAAGGCAUCAUUCACGGAGAGAUUCGCGGAGACGCUUUUCACUUCAACGCCCGAGACAACAAAGUCAGGAUCGUCUCGUUUGGAUCCGGACUGCGGACGUUUGAGCACGGCUUCACAAGCACCGGCUGGCUGACGCUCUCCAAGGAGGUCGGUGUCAAGAACAAGCUUCUUUACAUCAGCCCGGAACAGACGGGGCGGAUGCCGGCGGAACCCGAUACCCGCACCGACAUCUACUCGCUGGGAAUCCUGCUAUGGACCCUCCUGACGCAGCAGCCCGUGUAUACCGGAGAAACGCCCAUGGACAUCAUCCAGGGCGUCCUUGGCCGCAGAGUACCAAACGUCGCCACCGUGCGCAUGGAUGUCCCAGACGUCAUGGGCCGCAUCAUCCAAAAGUGCACUGCCAAGAACGUUGCCGAUCGCUACCACUCGGCGAGCGGGCUUCGCCAUGACCUCGUCAGGGUGCAGCAUCUGCUUUCGAAUGGCGACUCGUCGUCACUGAGAGACUUGGAAAUCGGAGCCAAAGACGUCUCGUCCUUUUUCAUCCUGCCGACGGGCAUGUUUGGUCGCGACGACGAGAGAGACGAGCUGAUCAAGGUCAUUGACCGGGUUUCCCGGAGCCAUUUCCUGAGCACCUCUCGCGUAACGAGCCUGUUUCCCGACGGGUCCAGCUUGAUGAACGAGCGCGUGAUUGACGACGUCUCUAGCGAGGGCGGCGGAAGCUCAAACGACGGCGCAUACCGCAGGAGUGGCUCCUUUACGUUUUCCGCAUCAGCCGACGCCAAGUAUCCCAGGCAUAACAUCCACACGUCCACCCUGCCCGACGCGCAAACGUUGUCCAACGAAACCGUCUCCUCGAGCCAGUCCGGGCUCAAUGCCCGGCCCCCGAGACCUUGGGAGCGCCACCACUCGAUUUCCAUCGACACGUCCAGUGCCGCGGACAGCACUAUAGCAGACUCGGGUCGCCAAGGCCUGGCCGAUUCCGGUGCUUCCAGCCUGUCCCGUCAAUUGGGGACCGCCAAGUUCCGCCGACGAGGCAGCUGCGAAAUCGUCGCGAUUGAGGGUGCCGCUGGCUUGGGAAAGAGCUUUCUCGUCCAGAGCGUCCUCGGCGAAGCCAGGCAGCGCGGGUACUGCGCCACAGCCAAGUUUGACACGGCCAGACGCAUCGCAUUUGGGCCGCUCCUGAAGCUGCUCUCGUCGCUGUUCAAGCAGGUCUGGGGCGAGACGAACACGGAGACGCCUUUCCACCAAGGCCUCAAGCAAUACAUACGUCCAAUGUGGCCCACCCUGCACAGGAUCCUCGGCCUUCCCGAGUUCCUGCUGGGGCCGCCCGACCAUGCGGGCAGCCCAACGCUUCGGCUGACGUCGUCGGGCGGUGUGCCGCCGCCCGCCAGCAGUCGCAGCAGCGCGAGAUUCAGCACCGACCGACGCGGCUCGUCCCCCGGAAGCUCGCCAGGCCCCGUCAACAGCACCAGCAAUGCAGUGCCUCAGACCUCUCAGGAGUACCUGUGCGCCGGCACGACGUCCAAGACGUCGCGCAUGAUGAACACUUGCCUGGACAUCCUGCGAGUCUUCACAACGCACAAGUUCAUCUGCUUCUGCCUCGACGAUCUUCACGCCGCGGAUGAUGAAUCGCUGGAACUGAUCACGCAGAUCAUAGGGGCCAAGAUGAAGAUGCUCAUCAUCAUGACGUACAGACCCGAGGAGUUCCCGCGGGAAAAGAUGGAUCGGAUGAUUUACCCGGCCAGCAAGCUGGACGAGACCCCCCGGAGCAGCCGACCCAGAGUCACGAGGAUCACCCUCGCACCCCUGACAGACGCCGACAUUCUCGAGUAUGUGUCUCUGACGCUUUCCCGGCCCAAGGAGGAGGUCCUGUCGCUCGCCAUGGUCAUUCGGUCCAAGACGGCCGGGAACCCCUUCUACGUGAGGGAGAUGCUCAGCGCGUGCCACCGCAAGAAGUGCAUCUGGUACGAAUACCAGGACAGCAGGUGGCACUACGGUCUGGACCGGCUCUUUGCGCAGUUUCAGGGUGAGAAGGAUUACGACGUGCUCGACACGGGCUUCGUCACCAGAAGACUGGCCGAGCUGCCGUCAGCCGCGCGGGCCGUCCUGGCCUGGGGAGCCCUCUUGGGCAGCUCCUUCUCUUUCGAGCUUGUGAGCCGAUUGAUGAGGGGCGAGUUCGACUACCCAGAGGACGACGUCCCGGACGGCUGUGCCGAGCUGACAAAGCGCUCGUAUUCCGAGGCCGAGGCCAUCUCGGGCCUCCAAGCCGCCAUUCAAGCGUCCAUCAUCGUGCCCAGCGAGGUCGACGACAGGUUUCGUUUCGCGCAUGACCGUUAUGUCAACGCAUCGGCCGCACUCGAAGAGUGCGAUUCCCCGCGGAUGCACUUCUUGAUCUCCCAGACGUUGCUGAAACACUACGCAUCAGAGGCCGAUCAGCGAGACAGCACAGCUUCGCACAUGUGCCAAGCCGUACCCAUCAUCAAGAAGCGGGUCCGCGUCCGGCGGGAGUUCCGCAAGCUCUUGACGGACUGCGCGCAGGCUGCGACGGAGAACGGAGCCCGGACAACGGCAGCAAAGUGCUACGGGGCUGCGAUUGAGCUGCUGCAGAGCAACCCCUGGGACGACGAGGCCGACGACGUAUCCUACGACGAGACCAUGCAGCUCUACCUGCGGUCCGCCGAGACGUACUUGUUCAUGGGCCAGCUCUCUUCGGCAAACGACCUCUUGUCAGUGCUGUUUGGCAACGCCAAGUCGGCGAUUGACAAAGCGCCCGCGUACGUGCUGCAGUCUCGAAUAUUCGCGCAAAACGGCAACGCUCUCGCCGCCUUCAUCUCCCUGAAGGAGUGCCUCGCGGCGCUCGGCAUGACUCUCGAGGAUGAGCCAACCUACGACAAGUGCGACAAAAAGUUCCACAAGCUCGUGAAGCAGAUCCGCGGCUCGGAUCGCCAGCUUCUGCUCAGCCCCAAGAAGAAGACGGAGCCGCCGACCGCGUCUCUGGGCGCCGUCCUCUCCGAAACUGCUUCGGCCGCGUGGUGGAGCGACUGUCUGCAGUUCUACCACCUCACCCUUGUGACGAUGGAGAUGUACCUGACUCGGGGCUCGUUCCCGCAGUCCGGCAUAGCGUUCCUCAACAUGGGCGUGGUGGCCCUCGCCCGGUUCGGCAUGACCGAGUUCGCCGUGGAGAUGGGCGCGUGCUGCCGGGACCUGCUCCGUUCCGCGCGGGACGCGUACUCGAUGGCUCGGGGUCAAAUGCUGCAGGAAUGCUUCAUCGGGCAUGUGCAGUACUCGGUGUCGCUGUCCAUCCCGCAGAUGGAAGACGCCGUCGAGCUGGCAGCCGUCGGGGGCGACCGACUCUCCACCAUCCUCAGCUACGGCCUUUCCGCCCAGGCCAAAUUCUUCGCCAGCGAGAACCUGUCGGACCUGGAGUGCUACUGCCAGUUUGGCUGCGAGGACAUUGUCAACUGGUCGCUGGACACGCGCGGCGGCUCGCUGCUCGUCGCCACCAGGCAGAUCUGCCGAGCCCUGCAAGGCAAGUCGUUCACCCACGACCCCGUCGCCGUCAUGAGCGACGAGCAGCACGACUCGGGCGCGUACAAGAGCUGGCUCACGAGCCAGACGCAGGACAGCAACCGGUCGUCCCUGUUAUACGAGAGCUUCGAGCUCUGCGCGCUGUACCUCUACGGCCACUACGAGCGAGCCGUUGAGAUCGGGGAGCGCUGCAUCGGGAAGCUGGCCAUGCUGUGGUCGGCGCGGCACAGCCGCCUGAUCCUGCUGUUUUACGGGCUCGCGCGGACCGGCCAGCUCCUGAGGCAAAUGCAGGACCCCCGCUCGCAAAGCGAGGACUUUUCCACCGAGACCAAGGAGGUCGCGACGCGGCUGGGCGGGUUCGUCCGGAUGAUGGAGGACUGGUCCACCGUUUCGGAUGUGAACUAUCGCUCCUGGUCGCGCCUGCUCCGCGCGCAGGUCGCCGAGCUGGCGCUGGAUGACGGCCGCGCCAUUCAAGACUACGAAGAGGCGCUGGAUCACGCCGCGGAGCACAACUUUGUCUUUGAGGAGGCGCUGGGCAACUACCUGAUGGCCGGGUUCUUCGUCCGGCAUCGCGCGAGGCGGUCCGCUCGGGCCGCCCUCCAGGAUGCCGUCGGUCUCUUUCGCCAGAUCGCGGCCACGGGGGUGGCCGCCGCCAUCGAGGAGGAGCAUAGCCUCCUGCUCCACGGACCAACUCGGAACCAUCGAACGGCUGACGCGGGCGUUCAGACAGACCUGGGCCCCGUCGUGCCGCAGCCCAGCCAGGAGCGCCCGGCGGCGGACGGGGGGGAGGAGGGCGAUGAGCGCGCUCAGAUGCUGCCUCCCGGCGGCUUGUCGGAGCUCGGGGGAGAGCGCGUCGGUGCCUGGAGGGGUUCCACGCGGAUGCGGACCGGGGACGAGGCCGGCAUCCCGGCCCUCGACAUGAUUGAUCUACACGCCAUCUUGGUGUCCUCGCAAGUCAUAUCCUCGGUGCUGCAGAUCAACGAGCUGCUCAAGACCAUGUGCGACGUGGUCCUGCAAACGUGCGGCGGCUCCGCCACGCGUGCCGCCAUCAUCGUCCACGACAAGGACAAGGACAAGGACAAGGACAAGGACAAGGACAUGAGCGACGACAACAACAACGACGGCGAGUCGUGGUGCGUGGCGGCGAGCGGAGACCCCGAGAGGGGCGCGUCUGCCCACAAGCCCGGGCUGCCGCUGUCCGGGUCGACGCUCCUCGCCGAAAACGUGGUUCUCUACUGCACCCGGUUCAGGGAACCCGUCUUCAUCCCGGACCUCUUGGCGGAUGAGCGCUUCGGGAACGUCGGCGGCAGCUGGCUGCGGCGGUACCCCGGCGGCAAAGCCAUCAUCGCCAUCCCGAUCCUGCACGGCGCGAAGCCGCUGUUUGGCGUGCUCUACCUGGAGGGCGAGCCGGGAUCCUUCACCGACCGCAACGUGACGGUUCUGCAGCUCCUCGUCAACCAGAUCGGCAUCAGCUACUCCAACGCGCUGUCGAUGAAGAAUGUGGAGAAGAUAUCGGCCGAGAACCGCUCGAUGGUGUCGAUCCAGAGGCGGGCGCUGGACCAGGCCCGCGAGGCCGAGACCAAGGCCAAGAUCGCCGAGGCAGAGGCCAAGCGGAACGUGAAGCUGGCGGAGGAGGCGGCCAAGGCAAAGGCCAUCUUCCUCGCCAACGUGUCGCACGAGCUCCGGACGCCGCUGAACGGCGUCAUCGGCAACUCGGAGCUCCUCCGCGACAGCCGCCUGAACAAGGAGCAGCAGGAGAUGGCGGACUCGAUCCGCGUGUCGGCGGACCUCUUGCUGACCGUCAUCAACGACAUACUGGACUUUUCCAAGAUGGAGGCGGACAAGAUGAAGCUGUACAUCAUCGCCUUCAACCCGGAGGAAAUGGUGCGCGAGGUGGUGCGGGCCGUGUCGUACAGCAACCGGGAGAAGACGUCCAAGAAGAACGUCAGGAUCGUGCAGGACAUCAAUCUGCCGCCGAUGCUCAUCUACGGCGACCCGAUCCGGCUGCACCAGGUGCUGGGGAACCUGAUUGGCAACAGCCUCAAGUUCACGGAGGACGGGUCCGUCACCAUCGGGGCGCGCCUGGACUCGCAGGACGGCGACAGCGCGACGCUGACGUUUUGGGUGCGCGACACGGGCAUCGGCAUCCCCGCGCAGCAGCUGGCCAAGCUGUUCCAGCCGUUCAGCCAGGCCGACGCCAGCACGGCCCGCAAGUACGGCGGGAGCGGGCUGGGGCUGAGCAUCUGCAAGUCCCUGAUCGAGAUGAUGAUGAAGGGCACGAUCCAGCUGGAGAGCGAGGAGGACCAGGGCACCACGGCCUGGUUCACCGUGACGUUUGAAAAGGCCAAGGCGGACGUGUCGGCCGGGGACGCGCUCGGCAAGGCCUCGCCCCCGAUCGACCGGUACUCGCUGACGACGUCGCCGCUGGACCGGUGCACGUCGUCGUCGUCGUCGUCGGCCGACAAGGCCGCCUUGAUGGACCUGUCGCACAUGGCCAAGGAGGACGUGCGCAUCUGCGUGGCCGAGGACAACCCGAUCAACCAGAAGAUUGCGAUCCAGUACGUGCAGCGGCUGGGCUACCCCAACGUGAGCGCGUACGAGAACGGCCUCAAGGCGCUCGAGGGGCUGCGCAACAAGGCGGCCGAGGGGGAGCCGUACCACGUGGUGCUGAUGGACGUGCAGAUGCCCGUGCUGGACGGCUACGAGGCGACCAAGCUGAUCCGCAAGGACGCCGACGAGGCGGUGCGGAAGGUGCUCGUCAUUGCCAUGACGGCGUCGGCCAUCCAGGGAGACCGGGAGAAGUGCCUGGCCGCGGGCAUGAACGACUACCUGGCGAAGCCGGUGCGAUCGGAGGUGCUCAAGAAGAAGCUGGACGCCUACGUCAACGCUGCGGCGCAGAGUACCGGUGGCGGGUGA